GUUUUUCAUUGUUUUAAUCAGAGAUAAGGCUGAAGUCAAGCCUCUGCUUGCGUAUGUACAUGCACAGGAUUUGGCCUACGUCACUCUUGCACACCUAUCUUAGGCACAUUACCUGAUGUUCUGAUGGAUUUUGGUUACCCAGAGGUUAUAUUUAAUAAGAGAGAAUGACUGAUGCUCAGAACAUCUCAAGACAGGCAACACACAUCUGGACAUAUUCUCAGUUUGCUACAGUGGAUGAUUAUUACUGAUUAAAAGCGGCACAAAUAUUCUCUGCACCCAGCCUCAUCAUCUGAUUCUCCAAUUUCGAAAGUACUAAUCCUGCAGGAUUUCCUAUCUUUGUGCAAACAUGGAAGCCCAACAGAACAAGUUUGAAUUCUUCCAUAAGCUGGGCUAUAGCAAGAAGGAGGUGUGCAAAGUGCUGGAGAAAUUAGGUCAAGAGGCUUCAGAGAAUGAUUUGCUGCAAGAAUUGAUUCUCAUGGGAAAGAGACCGCGGAAGAGUGAGAGUGGGACACAGUGUUUUCAGCCCAAUCUUGCUGAUCGUGGAGUACCAGGGUCUCUCCCAUUUUCCCAGGUCUCUACUGAGGAACCAAGUGAGGCGGCUGAUCAUUUGAGGCCUAUUGUAAUCGAUGGGAGCAACGUUGCAAUGAGUCAUGGAAACAAAGAAGUGUUUUCAUGCUUAGGAAUUCAGCUGGUGGUAGACUGGUUCAAACAAAGAGGUCACCAGUACAUCAAAGUUUUCGUUCCAUCUUGGAGAAAGGAACAGUCUCGAUUUGAUACCCCUGUUACAGAUCUGCAUAUCCUUGAAAGCUUGGCCAAGCAAGCAAUUCUCAUCUACACACCAUCCCGCAAAAUAAAGGGCAAAAGAAUGAUGUGCUAUGAUGAUCGCUACAUUGUUAAAUUGGCCUAUGAGCAAGACGGCGUCAUUGUUUCCAACGACAACUUUCGAGAUCUGCAGAAUGAAAACCCCGAGUGGAAAUGGUUCAUUGAGCAACGACUGCUCAUGUAUUCUUUCGUCAAUGACAAGUAAGAGUCUGGUAUGCGUGCAAACAAG